AUGAACCGCGCAGGCUUCGACAAGUACAUCACCGUCUUCAGCCCCGAGGGCUCGCUGUACCAGGUGGAGUACGCGUUCAAAGCGGUCACCUACCCUGGUCUGCUCACGAUUUCUAUCCGCUGUAAAGAUGCCGUUCUGGUGGUGACGCAGCACCAGAUUCCCGAUCGCCUUAUGCGUCCUGACUCGGUGACAGCGCUCUAUGAGGUCACUCCGGGUAUUGGCUGCUGCAUGACUGGCCGCGCACCCGACGGGCGUGCCCUGGUGCAGCGCGCACGGGAGGAAGCGUCGGAUUACCACUACCGCUACGGUGUGCCGAUCCCAAUAGCGGUGUUGGCGAAGCGUAUGGGCGACAAGGCGCAGGUGCGUACCCAGCAGGCUGGCCUGCGGCCGAUGGGCGUGGUGAGCACCUUCAUCGGCAUGGACCAGAGUGACGAGGACGGUUUACUGAAGCCGAAAAUUUACACCGUCGACCCGGCCGGCUGGACUGGCGGGCAUAUCGCCUGCGCUGCUGGCAAGAAGCAAGUUGAGGCAAUGGCAUUCUUGGAAAAGCGCCAGAAGAGCACCGAGUUUGACACACUGACGCAGAAGGAGGCGGCGAUGAUCGCGCUGGCGGCACUGCAGAGCGCGAUCGGCACGGCUGUCAAGGCGACAGAGGUGGAGGUGGGCCGCUGCACGGCGGCCAACCCGACCUUUCAGCGGGUGCAAAACUGUGAGGUUGAGGAAUGGCUGACCGCCGUGGCCGAGGCGGAUUGA